UGUACGUCCAAAACGGGUUCCUCACACACACCAAACAUGCCUAUGCCUUCAAUUGCGCCUGGCAACGCGAAAGCGUCCAGCNCCAGCACCCCCGUUGACAUCAACGAUUUCCACUGCGCGCACGGCCACUCCCACGAGGUGCUGCUGAGGACCACGGCGAAGCAGCAAGGGACGACGCUGGUGGGCGAGCUCCGGGAGUGCCUGGGGUGCUCAACGGCGAAGGGGCUUUUGAAGCCCAUCCCCAACAAGACGUCGACCCGAGCAUUGCUGCCUCCCAUCGCAGGGGAGGAAGAGGAAUUCGCGACGGAGGAGGACGAGGUUGGAGAGGGCGCGUCGAGCCAAGGUGGAGGGAGGACAAAGGGAGAACCUGUGGAUGGGGGACCAGGUUUCAACCUUGGCACGACGGCAGCCCCGGGGCCCGCGGGGCCGCCCGCGCCCCAAGAGUCAGGCGCGGGCGACGCUGGCGAUGGCGCCCCCUCGAGCAGGGAGGGCGCGAGUGUCGCCCCAUUCACCACGUCGACCGGCACGGUCGAUGUGGGUGGCGGCGAGGACGACCGCCGCAGCAGCAGCAGCAGCGACAGCGCAGCGGCGUCAGCACCGAGAUGACGAGAAGGGAGAUGAGUGGCGGGCGUCAAGGAGGCGUUGUUUGUGCGUGCUGUGCUUUCGUUUGUUGCCCCAGAUACCAAGUGGUAGCAGCAUCCAGGUCCUUGAGGACAACCAGGGGGCCAUAUCGUUGGUGCAGAACCCCCACAGCUCAGGUCGCACGAAACACAUCGACGUGAGAUUAUAUUUCAUCAGCGGAUUGUUUAGGUCGGGGGAUAUUUCGGUCAAAUUCGUUCCGACAACGGAGCAACACGCGGACCUCCUAACCAAGGCCUUUAGCAGGGCUAGUCUGCAGUAUCACCGGCGCAAGUUGAUGAAUUUGCCGGACUAGCUGUAGCAGUAUCUAGCACUUGGGAGAGGUCAUGUUUUCCAUGCGGGGAAAGGCGCAUAACUGUUGCGGUCUGUGUACCAAUGGCAGGAGUAGGGGGCGUUGGGAGACCAUCGUCCGGGUGAACGUAGUUCCUCGCGUUCUUGUCUUCGCCUUGGCCUUUCUAAUAAGUGCGGCCGUUGUGGUCCGCUGUGAUAGCGACGGUUUUUGUGGUGG